UCAGGACUGUCAGUUGUCUCUACUCUCUAUCUAUAGAAUAGACCUAAAUUAUCUCCGCCUGAACCUGUAAUACAAAAUACACACAUUUGCGGCUUGUUAUCCUUUCAUUUCUACCAGAGCUCUCUUUCAAUGGCGGUUUCAUCUGCUGCUGCACUGUCCAACAUCGCCUCGCUUGCAGCUCCUCGAAGCCUUUCGGGUCCCUCUAUGAUUGGUUCCGUAUCUCCUCCUGCGAAAUAUCAACUGUCAACUUCGAUCUCCAAAGCAUCAUUAUGUUCAAGCUUCUUCACGAGGAACCCUUCACGUCUCCUUCCGCUCACUCAGUCACCUACUAUGUUUCCCCGGAGGAGAACCAGCUUAGUUCGGGCUUCUGCUGCUGAGGAUACAGAGCUGCAGUCAAAGAUUACACAGAAAGUGUAUUUUGAUAUUAGCAUUGGCAAUCCAGUGGGGAAACUUGUAGGAAGGAUUGUGAUUGGGUUGUAUGGAGAUGAUGUACCCCAAACAGCAGAGAACUUUCGUGCCCUUUGCACAGGAGAGAAAGGAUUUGGUUACAAAGGUUCUUCAUUUCACCGUGUGAUUAAGGAUUUCAUGAUUCAGGGUGGUGACUUUGAUAAAGGAAAUGGAACUGGUGGUAAAAGUAUAUAUGGCCGUACAUUCAAGGAUGAAAAUUUCAAAUUGGCUCAUACUGGACCUGGAGUUCUUAGCAUGGCUAAUGCUGGACCAAAUACUAAUGGAAGUCAGUUCUUCAUUUGCACUGUCAAGACACCAUGGCUGGAUCAGAGGCAUGUGGUAUUUGGGCAAGUUCUGGAGGGAAUGGACAUUGUUAAGCUGGUUGAGUCAUCACAGACGGAUAGAGGUGAUAGACCAUUGAAGAGGGUGGUUAUCAGUGAGUGUGGUGAGUUUCCGAUAGUAGUUUGAGGUGGUGAGUUGUUGUUAUGUGUAUGAUAAGUAGUAGCAUCUUCGAAAGCCUUUGGAUUUUCUUAAGGUUUUGAAGAUUUCUGAACUUCCUUUUGAUUUUGGACACAAACAAGUAGUUGCUGAUCCCCGGCUAUUAUUAUUGUUAUGUUUAGCUUUCUUAUAGAGAAGAGAAUGACUUGAGGAAUAAUUUAAUUUGCACUUCUCUCAAAUGAGUGAAAAAGCAGAUGUUGUCAUUUAACAUUA